CCAGUGAGAAUUAUUGUUGAUAAAGCUUAAUUUUGUCGCUGGCUAGGAACUGAUAAGCUUUUGAUGUUUUAGACGGUACAAUUUGGACAAGGGACGCAGUCUCUCACGACCAAAAGAGAAAAGAUCAUGAAUAAAGAAUACCAGAUGAAGGCUGCGAUCAACCAGAAGCUGAUAGAAAUGGGCGAGCGGGAACGGUUGAAAGAGUUGCUCAGGGCGAAGCUCGUGGAGUGCGGAUGGAAGGACCAGCUGAAAGCUCACUGCAAAGAUGUGAUCAGAGAAAAGGGUCUGGAACACGUCACAGUGGAGGACUUGGUCACAGAAGUCACACCGAAAGGCAGAGCACUCGUACCAGACAGCGUGAAGAAGGAGCUGCUGCAGAGGAUCCGAGCUUUCCUCUCCCAGCAUGCCGCUCUGUGAACCUGCCGCCUCGGAUCUGCACUACCGUUUCUUAUUUUUUGUUUUAGUUUUUUUUUAAUCACCAUCUAUUUCGCCAUUAAAGUCCAGACUGAUGUUGGUUGCUGUUGUGAAUUUUACUUUGUACUUUGUGUUUUCAUAUUGAUUUUAGUUUGCUGUUGUUUUGGGGGGAAAAGAUGGAUUAAAGUGAUGAAUAUUUUGUGA